GGAAAAAAAAGAAGAAGAAGAAGAAGAAGAAGAAGAAGAAGAAGAAGCAGAUCACCAAGUAGAGUUUUGAGUUUCCCAUUUAUUUUGGAGAAAGAAAAAUGGAAAUAAUGGAAGUAGAAGAUGAUGAUUUGUUGUUUGCAGAGCUAACCCGACGGAUUUCGCUUCUCAUUAUGGACGACGACGAGGAGCUUCCCAUCGUUCAUACGAAUUUGACCCGAACGGCGAACCGAGUACGACUCGGGCAGUCACCACUGAUGGCGGAUUACGAGAACGGCUUUGCACGGGAGAGCAAAGGCAUCGGAGUUUUCAUUCCGGCAAGGUCGCCGCAGCCGAGGAGGAAGCAGAGACACACCGGCGGCUUCAGAACCAAGUCGGAAAACAAGAGGGCCACCAAUUCUCAACCGUCUUCUACCCAUUACUUUAAGCCCAAAAAGGGCUGAGCUUAUAAUUUCUUGUAUAUCUAAUUUCUAAUUAUUCCCAGUUUUAGUUCUAAGUUAUUUAAUUAUUUGAUUAAAAAAUCUUUUUUUAGAUAUGCAACAAUAAACAUAAUUUAGCCCUAAUUGACAUAUACUCCUUCGUUCAAGGUCGGAGGUUAAAUGUCCAUAUUCCCAAAUUGUUGUAUUAAAAAAAUUGUUUAAUAA